GUUCGGUUUUCAGCCGGGGCGGCACUAGGAGUGCACGCCACGCGGGUAGUCCAUGGACGCGGCUUGGAAAACCAUGGGUGAGCUCCGACGACAUAUUCUCUGUGUCGAGGGAAAGGUCCGCUGUUGCAGAUGAGGAGUUGGCUCUCCAGUGGGAGGUGGUCAACAAGCUACCGAGCGCUGCCGGAACCCACGACGGCGGUGCCGGAAUCCAUCCUCUCAAAAACCUAGAUUCCGGCGAGGAAGCCCGGAGGUAUUUCGAUUCUCGGGAAGUAAAUGUAAAGAAAAUGGGGAUCGCCGAUCGUCGGAGAUUAAUGGAUGGUAUCUUUAGGAACCCUGAUGAUGAUAACGGUGUCUUCCUCAAGAAGCUUCGAGACAGAAUAGAUAAGGCUGGCAUUGUGCUACCAACAGUGGAGGUCAGGUUUGAAAACAUAACUGUGGAGGCAAAGUGCUACGUGGGCUCUAGAGCUUUGCCAACUCUUCUUAAUGAAAUAAAAAAUGCUGCCGAUUCAAUAUUGGGUUUGUUUGGUAUAAGACUGAGUAAGAUGGCAAACAUCAGCAUUGUUAAAGAUGUCUCCGGGAUCAUAAGGCCCUCAAGGAUGACAUUGCUUUUAGGGCCUCCAUCUUCUGGAAAGACUACACUCUUACUCACUCUAGCCGGAAAGCUUAACCCAUCAUUGAAGAUGCAAGGUGAAGUGACAUACAAUGGAUAUAGGAUGAGUGAAUUUGUACCACAGAAGACUGCAACAUACAUCAGCCAAAAUGAUAUACAUACCGCUGAGAUGACUGUGAAGGAAACGCUAGAUUUUUCUGCUAAAUGUCAAGGCGUGGGAGAUAGAUGUGAACUUUUAAGCGAGCUUACUAGAAGGGAAAAGGUUAAAGGCAUCGUACCAGAACCUGAGGUGGAUCUCUUCAUGAAGGCUACCUCUAUGAAUGGCGUUCAAAGCGGCCUCCAAACAGACUAUACCAUGAAGAUUCUAGGAUUGGAUUUAUGUGGUGACACAAUUGUGGGCGAUGAGAUGAGAAAAGGAAUAUCAGGAGGUCAGAAGAAGCGUGUUACCACAGGUGAGAUGAUUGUUGGGCCAACAAAGACACUUUUCAUGGAUGAGAUAUCAACAGGGUUGGAUAGCUCUACAACACAUCAGGUUGUAAAGUGCCUUCAACAGAUUGUGCACCUAGGCGAGGCAACUAUUGUUAUGUCCCUCCUCCAGCCUGCACCUGAGACCUUCGAUCUUUUCGAUGACAUUAUCCUUUUAACUGAGGGUCAUAUUGUCUACCAAGGCCCUCGCGAGCUUGCCCUUCAUUUUUUCGAGAGUUGUGGCUUUCAAUGCCCAGAGAGGAAGAGUGUUUCUGAUUUUUUGCAAGAGGUUACCUCGAGAAAGGACCAGGAACAAUAUUGGGCAGAGAAGAGCAAACCAUAUCACUUCAUAUCGGCAGCUGAGUUUGUUAAACACUUCGAGAAAUUCUACGUCGGCAGAGAUCUGCAAAGGCAGCUUGCAGUCCCUUUCGACAAGCAAAAGAGCCAUCGAGCAGCAUUGUUGUUAACCAAGCACUCCGUUUCAUUGAAGGAUCUAUUCAUAGCGUCCUUUGCGAAGGAGUGGCUUCUCAUCAAAAGGAAUUCCUUUUUUUAUGUCUUCAAAUCAAUGCAGCUUCUCAUACUUUCAUUAUUGUACUCAACUGUCUUUCUGAGGACACGAAUGGAUACAGCAACUGAAGCUGAUGGAGCUGUAUAUAUUGGAGCAAUAAUUUAUGGUUUGAUUGUCAACUUGUUCAAUGGUUUUGCAGAGCAAGCGCUAGCUAUCAUGAGGCUACCUGUGUUCUACAAGCAAAGGGAUCUCCUCUUCUAUCCAACCUGGGUCUUUACAGUUCCAAAUUGCAUUAUAAGAAUUCCCAUCUCUAUGAUAGAGGCUUCUGUUUGGGUCCUUCUGACAUACUACGUUGUGGGAUUUGCCCCAGAAUUUAGUUGUUUUCUUAAGCAGCUCCUCAUCUACAUCAUAAUUCAGCAGAUGGCAGCAGGCCUAUUAAGAAUGGUAGCAGGCAUUACAAGACAUCCGACUGCUGCAAAUACAUAUGGAUCCAUCUUUUCACUCUUUUUGAUCGGUAUUGGAGGCAUUGUUAUACCUAAAGCUUUGAUGCCCAAAUGGUGUCGCAUUGGUUAUUGGAUUUCGCCGCUAACCUAUUCAUUUAAUGCUAUUGCAAUCAAUGAGAUGCUUUCUCCAAGAUGGAUGGACAAAUUUGCACCAGAUGGCAGGAGAUUAGGAUUGGCAGUUCUAGAGAAUAUCAAUGCCCUCACAGAUAAGAGCUGGUAUUGGAGAUCAGUUGUUAUCCUUUUAGGUUAUUCCGUCCUCUUCAAUGUCCUCUUCACACUCUCCCUCCAGUAUCUAAAUCCUCUGAGCAAGCAAAAUCCUGUAGUUUCGGAAGAACCAGAAGUAGAGGUGAAAGAUGAAAGAUUUCCUAAGAAUAACAAUGAAAAUAUGUUGGAGAUAAAAGAACGAAGUUGGUGUGAGUACAAAAGCCCUUCCUCCCAAGAUUGGCGUAGUUAUGAAACAUAUCAGAACAAAGCAAAGAAAACUGGAACUAAUGGAGGAAUGAAUUUUCCUUUUACGCCCCUUUCAAUGUCUUUUAAAGAAGUAAAUUACUAUGUCAACGUACUUCCCGAAAUUAAAAAGCAAGGGGUAACUGAAGAUAGGCUACAGUUGUUGAGGGGGGUUACAGGGGUUUUCCGACCUGGAAUCCUCACAGCUCUAAUGGGUGAGAGUGGGGCAGGAAAGACAACACUUAUGGAUGUACUGGCUGGUAGAAAGACUGGAGGCCACAUUGAAGGCGAUAUUAGGAUUGCCGGCUAUCCGAAGAAGCAAUCGACAUUUGCACGAAUUUCGGGUUACUGCGAGCAGUUUGAUGUCCACUCUCCUCAACUCACCGUCAAGGAGUCGUUAAUCUUCUCUGCGUUACUUCGCCUUCCCAAGGAAGUCCAUAAAGAAGAUAAAUUUAGAUUUGUGGAUGUGGUGAUGGACCUAGUCGAGCUCAAAAUCCUUAAGGAUGCAUUGGUAGGUGUUCCAGGAGUUUCUGGUUUAUCCACAGAGCAAAGGAAAAGGUUAACCAUAGCCGUCGAGCUCGUUGCAAAUCCAUCAAUCAUCUUCAUGGACGAACCAACAACCGGCCUUGAUGCAAGGGCUGCGGCUAUUGUGAUGAGAACUGUGAGAAAUACUGUCAACACAGGAAGAACUGUUGUUUGCACCAUCCAUCAACCGAGCAUCGACAUAUUUGAACAUUUUGACGAGCUGCUUCUGCUAAAGAGAGGGGGUCAGAUAAUAUAUUCUGGACCUUUGGGCACAAAUUCUCAGAAGCUUAUUGACUAUUUUGAGUCUGUUCCUGGAGUUCACAAAAUACAGAAUGGACGCAACCCAGCUGCAUGGAUGCUGGAAGAAAGCUCUAUGGCCUCUGAAGCAAAACUAGGGAUUGAUUUUGCAGAGAUAUACAAAUCCUCAGCUUUACAAAAGCGCAACAUGGCUUUGGUUGAAGAGCAGAGCAAACCAUUUCCUGGUACUUCUGAUCUGCACUUCUCAACACAGCACCCUCAAUCCAGGUUUGAUCAAUUCAGAAUCUGCCUAUGGAAGCAUUGGUCAAUAUACUGGAGGAACCCAGAGUACAAUCUCUCAAGACUUGGCUAUGCUCUUGUGCUUUCUAUACUGCUUGGAACCAUUUUUUGGAAGAUUGGACAUCGCAGGGAUAGUUCAGCUGAGCUUCAGUCUGUGGUUGGAGCAAUGUACCUUGCGGUUAUUUUUCUUGGGUUUGGCAAUUGCGCCACUGUGCAAACCCAUGUUGCAAAUGAGAGAAUUGUGUAUUACCGUGAAAAGGCUGCUGGGUUGUACUCAGCUCUGCCUUAUGCUCUUUCCCAGGUGAUCAUAGAAAUACCAUACUUGCUCUUCCAGACAGCAUACUUUGCGGUUAUCAUUUAUUCCAUGAUGAGCUUCCUGUGGAUUCCUUCGAAGUUUUUUUGGUUCGUUGUUAUCUCCUUUCUAACCUUCAGUUACUUCACAUACUUUGGGAUGUUCUCAGUGGCGGUGUCUCCCAAUUUGCAAGUCGCCGGAAUCUUGUCCAUAUUCGUCUUUUUCACUUUCAAUCUUUUUUCCAGUUUCUUCGUCCCAGGGCCAAAACUUCCACCAUGGUGGGCUUGGUACUACAGACUCUGCCCCGUUUCAUGGUCCUUUUACGGCCUUAUCGUCACACAAUACGGCGACGUUUAUGACCUAAUAAAGGUCCCAGGUGAGGCCGACCAGCAGAUCAGAGACUACGUUUUGCACCAUUAUGGUUACAGUGAUGAUCACAUGAACCUCACGCUUGCUGUGCUCCUGGGCUUCACGGUCCUCUUCGCCGCCGCAUAUACUUGCUGCAUUCGCUCUCUGAACUUCCAGCGAAGAUAGAUUAUUUGUGAAGGUGGUCUGCUGGUUGGCAGCCUCGGCGCAAGUCCCUUCUGUCCGGGGUUCAAAUCUAUUUUGGUUGAAUUAGCAAAUAUGGGGUGGACAGACACAUGCUGUCAUCUAUCUUUUAUUAUUAUUAUUAUUAUU